AUGGUCCUACCUCGAUCCUUACCGCUAUCUCCAUUGGAUCACUUUGAGCGCAGUCGCUUACGCUUCUGCAGCGGGCUUCAGAGUGUUCGGCUCUACAUUUACCCGUUCACCGAGACUCACGUGCUCAUUUGGUUGAGGAUUCGACCGCGAAACUAUGUAAACAGUAUUGAAUACACAAUCUCACUUCACAAAAAAAGAAAGAUCGAAUAUUACUGA